AUGGCGCGCUUCUCCUUCCUCCUGCUGGCCUCGGCCAUCUCCCUUACCGCAACAGCAUCCAGCCUCAAGCGCGAUACUCUCAAGCCUUUCCAAAAAGGCCGCUUCGUGCCGUCAAAUAAUGCCUCCACCUCGAUAGCCUACGACAACAAUCUCCUCCCGCGGUACUACGAGUGCGUACCGGGUGCCCAUCUGUGCGAGGCUGGCCAGUGCUGCGACUUCACCUGCUGCUCGGAUGGAUCCUGCUGUCCGGCCGCUCAGCUCUGCUACAACGAUGUGAAGCCGUCCAAGGGCCCGACGUAUUGUUGCGAAAUGUAUACCGAGAAGGAAUGCGAUACGAGAUGUGUGCCGAUGUUGUCGGAGUGUUGCGGUGAUGGGUUUUAUUGCGAGUAUGGCUACAAGUGUACUGCUGGUGGAUGUUGUAAAUGGGGCCAUACAUGCAGUGGAAGCUACGACGAUGUCGGGAGCGGUGGUGGUUCUGAAGAUCAUGAUUCAACAACCUCAUCCACGUCUACAGAGGGGAAAGUGUCUACUACGUCUACUACCUCUGAAUACACAACUCACACAGAGGAGCACACAACGACGUCGUAUUCUGAGACAGAGUCCACGACAGGUUAUUCCACGACGGAAUCCGAGAGCAGCACUCGAACGAGAUCAACAGAUUCUGAUUACGCAUCUGAGACUACUGAGAUGGGUUCAUCAACCUCAACCUCGACCUCAACGUCGUCUCGCAGGACGAUGACAGAUUUUCCCACGGUGUCAAUUUUCACCCCAACCCGGACUUUUGUGCCGGUUCCAGUGCCUACCGGUACGGUAUCUCUCUCGGGAGCAAACAAGAAUAGCUUCUCGAGCCUCAAUAUGGAGUUGUUGGUGAUUGUGGCUGGAGCUGGUUGGUAUUUUGCAAUGUGA